CGGCAGUGCUACCCACUGCACCAUCCGUGCCGCCCGAGAGGAGAGCAGGCAAGUCAAAACAGAGAACUCUGGCAUAGGCUCCACCUCCAGUGGAGGAUUAACGUCGAGGGAACUCUCUCACUGAGCAACACGUCCAGUGUCUACGGGGGGAAUUAAGGACGCGACUUCCUGACACUUGUCAUAAUAUCAACAUAAGACCGGAGCAGACGAGGCCCUGCCACGAUGCCUUUAUCCAUGACAAAGGGUGAUGGCUUCACAGUCUACACUGUGACCUCUGACCCCAGAAGCAAACUGCCCCUGCUGUGCCAGGUUUUCACCUCCUUGUGCUGCAGUCCUGUGUGCAUGGUGUCCGGAAGGCUCCGGAAGCUCAUGGCUGGUCCCCAGUCAGCAUUAGCAACGGUGCAGAUCAUGGCGGGGCUGCUUACCCUCGGCCUGGGAGCGGUUCUUCUGAGCGUGUACUAUGGCCCGUAUUACAUACGCCAUGUUCGUCCUCCGUACUGGUCGGGUGGAAUUUUCAUUGUCUCUGGAAUAUUUUGCCUUUUUGCUGAAAGGUUUUCCAGCCCUUGUUUGGUGUGCACGACGGUGGCGGUGAAUCUGGUCAGUGCGGUGAUCACAGUGGCUGCCAUCGUGUUGUACUCCGUCGACGACGGGCCGAGGCUAGCGGAUGUGUGCUUGACCUUUGACCCCACUGUGAGGUCUCACUAUGACCGUCCCUACGACGUCACGAGGUCGCCCGAACAAAGGAACAUCAGCGAGAGCAACUUCCGGCUUUGCCAGAUGUACAGGAGUGCCACGGCGCCUGUAGUGUUCGGCGUGAAGGUGCUGCUGGUGGCCUUUGCUGCUCUCCAGUUUUGCAUCAACAUCAGUGAGGCGGUUCUGGCCAUAAAGGCAAUGAAGAAGAACAAGCGGGAGGACCCUGAUGUUCAGCAGCCACUCAUGGAGGAGGUGACAGCCAAUCCCGUUGCUUAGAGGAAGCCACGCCUUAACGACUGCCACCAAUCACCUUUCCCUGUGCAUGAGAACUGCAGCACUGCUAUACCACUAUAACAUAACACUAAACUUGUACUAAAGUGCUUCUGUUCUACUCUAAACUAGAUUAAUUUCUAGGAAUUUCUUCUUUUGGUACAGAAGAUAACUAAUCAUUGAAAAAAGUUGCAUGAUAAACUUAAAGGGAUUUUCUAUAUCUUUUCUAUAUCUUAUUUAUUUUGUUAUGAUUAGACCCAGACAGCAGUUCUGCCUGUGCAUUUGUUGAGAGCAUAGCUCUCUAUUGGCUCUUUCUUUGUUUGAGAACGUUUGCUGUUGAAGAAGGCAGCCGAAACGGAUCUGCCUGUGGAAUGAAAUAAAUGGAAAUAUGUUGAAAAUAUGCUUGCACUUUUCAUCAUUCUUCAGAGAGUGGACUUCCAUGCACCCUUUGUUUUUGUGGAGGUUCGACACACCGUGGUCACCGCUGAUGUAAUCAGAAAUGAAGUGCGUCCUGUAAAGGGACCAGAGGAGUGGAGCUGGAAGGGCGGUGUAUUCUGAACAGGUGACUCCAUUCCUGGGAGGAGGAGCCAGUCCAUGGUUUAGUUGUUGCCCAACACAAAGCACCUGCAUGUUGUUUGUAGUUAAGAACAGCAUUAAACCUUGCAUCUCCAUUCAGCUGGGGGGAAGCAUCCCUAAGUAAAGAGAUCCUAAAAGACAGAGCUGCCUUUGAGUUCUGGAGAACUUGUUUUGGAGAACUAAACCGAUUGAGGACUUCUCCACUCUUUUCCUGUCCUUGCUCCUGAUGCGGAAGUCGAUUGAGGUCCACCAACCUUAAGGACAUUCCAACCGCUUUAACGGCUUCUUCUAGGAACGAGAAGUAGAAGUUAGGAACUCUCAGUCUUUCCUUUGAGCAGGUUCCUGUCGAGGGCCUCCCUGGCGGCUGAAGGCAUCCUCUACGGUCCGCCCGGGGGGAUGCAAGUCCGAUGAGCUCCAGUGUCAGUGGAUGAUCAUUCACAUCACCAAGCAGGUCCUGCGGGAGACGAGGAACAUCAACGUCUACCAAAAAACAACCGUAGACCUGGUCAUUCUCCAGAGGAGGAUCCAUAACCUCCUCCGAGAUGGCGUGUUGUUGGACUUCUGUAAAAAUAAGACCCUGGCUAGAAAGAAAUGGGGGGGUGGAUCACCCCCACUGCCCUAGAGGGGCAUUUGGUCCUCAGGACCUGCUCUAAACCUGAGCAAAAUGGACCUUCUUUUUCUUUACAUUUGUGCCCUUUGUGAAUUCUAAAUCCACUUUCCCCUUUGGUUUGUAGUCUUUAUUGAUUUUGUUAUGUUUUGUCAAUUUUUAAUGUUUUAUUAAUUGUAAUGAUUUUAUGGGGACUUCUGCACAGUACUGUGCAGAAGUCUUAGGCACCCUACACUUUAUUAUAUAUGUGUAAAAGCUUUUGUGUAAAUAUUCAUUUUCAAAAAGAUUAAAUUUUACAGACAUUUUUGUAUUUAA